AUGCCUGGGGGCGUUGAGCCACUGCAGAGUCUUCGGUUGCACAGACCUGGGCAUCGCACUGUCGUUCAGCGCACCUUCCUCCACGUGGUCGAGGAGGGCCUCACGGAGCCCCUGGACGGCGUCCUGAGGCGGGCGUUCUCCGCGCCGCCAGUCGCGUCGAGCAGGAGGCACGGGCCGCCCCCGAGCAGGCGGGCCGAGGAGGCCGAGGGCCUCGACGGCGACCUCGAGGCGUCGCAGGAGAGCCAGGGAGCGGAAAGUCAGGUGGGCCGGGAGCCGAAGACGACGGUGGCGAUCAGAAGCAUCCCUUGCCAUCUCACGCGCGACGAGCUCAUGCUGCAUCUCCACGCCAGGGGCUUCGCGGGCCGGUAUGAUUUUCUGUAUUCGGUGGAGCGCUUCGGGUGCGUCUUCAGGCAUUCUUCCACGCCCCGGCGUGCACAGGGCACGGUGGCGGAUCUCGUGAGCCCAGAGGACGCCGAGCGCAUCUUCGCCGAGUUCGACGGCGUCAGCUGGGGCCAGUCCGGCGGGGGGGAAGCGGUGGUGAGCUGGAGCUCGAGCCAGGGCCUGGACUUGCACCUCGAGCGGUACCGCAACAGCCCAAUCAUGCACGAGAGCGUGCUGGACGCGUGCAGGCCCGUCGUGCUGGAGGGCGGCGUGCGCGUGGAGUUCCCAGCGCCCACCAAGAAGGUGCCGCGCCUCCGCCGGCUGCGCACCCGCUUCGGAGCAGGUGGGCGCAGCGUGAGUUCCAGCCUGCUGCUUCCCGGGCUGUCCAGCGUGCCAGGCAGCACCGACCAGGAGAAGGACGGCGUCCUGGCCAGCCUGCUCGCUGGUCUGAAGCCCACGACCACCGAGGCCUCCCCGGCAGCUCCUGGCCAGGAGGGCGUCAGGGCGGACACGCGGCAGCUCGAGGAGUUCAGCGAGGGCUCCACCCAAGCGUCGGAGGGGUCCUUCGGGGCCGCCAGGCGGUGCGGGUGCGGCGCCCCCGCCGCCGACCAGCCACAGUUAGGCUCCAUGCUCGCACAGGGGCUGUUGCAGGCUCUGCCGGAUGAGGGGGGCGCUCGGCCCCCCGUCGCUUGGCCCGAGUCCGUCAGUCACGUGUGCCGUCAUGACCGCCGUCGACCGUGA